CGACAAGAUAGAUGAUGACCACGUGCGCGUUCAAGGGCUGCCCCAACGUCCGCCUCUCGUUCACGGACAAGUGCGCGUUUCACAAAAGUCGCAGCAAGUGCUGUGUCCAAGACUGCCCCAACAUGGUGUACGCCCGCAACCGGUGCGUUCGCCACGGAGGCAAGAAAACGUGCCAGGUCCAGGGGUGCGGGGGGAACGUCCGCGGCGGCGACUGGUGCACCAAACACGGAGGCCACAUCGUCAAGCGGUACUGCACGACGGAGGGGUGCACGAAGCAGGCGCACGCACAGCAAAAGUGUGUCAGUCACGGCGGAGGCCGGUACUGCCGAGCCCCAGGGUGCAGCCAGCACAUUCGCGUCGGCGGGUUUUGCAACCAGCACCAAGCCCAAAAGCCUGCGCCACCGAGCGCAUCGUCCGACUCGGAGCUCUGGGAUGGAGUUCUCCACACGUUGUUGGUCAGCGACUGCAGCGUAUUCGACACGCUGAAAGACGACGACUGGACAUGGUUGAACGAACUCACGGCGAUGCUGUCCAUCCCCGCAUAGACACCGCUCCCCGCGAACCAAACCUAACUUAAAUUGAAGUGUACACCACUAGCUCAUGGACGCAAUGAUUUUGACAUGACCAGUGGUGGCGAGAGGUGGCAUGGCGUCACAGCCGCGAGCCGCCUCGGUUUGCACU